AUGGCGCAGACUCACCGGGGUCGGUCGGGCCUCUCUCUCACCUCUGUGCUUCCGGAGGAGGCGGACUUUCCGCGCGCAGCUCCCCGGCAUUUGUCUUCCUCGAACUCCGGCGCGUCUUCUCAAACUUCGCGAUCCGCUUCGUCGACGUCUCGACCCGGCAAAGGCCAGCAGCCUGCGCGCGCCGCAUCCGCCUCGCGAGGCCCGGCCAGUUCAUCUGCGCAGUAUGCGCCGUUUUCGUCUUCAUUUCCUGCGACGCCGUCGGCGUUCUCUCCCGCAGCGCUAGCGGGCGAGGUGCGGAGGCGCGAGAAACUCAGCUCGGCGCAGAAGGACCGCGGGUUGCGCGCCGACCCGGAUUCGGGUGUAUGUUCACCUCAGAGUGGCGAGCACCUUGAGCGGCUGGUGCGUCCUGUCGAGGCGGGGGACGUGUCCCCCGGUUCGCUGCUCCUCGGAGUCGUCGCAGAGAUCCACGCCAACGAAUUGAUUGUGCAUCUGCCCUACGGCAUGAUGGGGUACGUCCCGCGCACGCAGGCUCAGGAGGCGACGCCCGGCAGCACUCCUGGCGCGUCAGCUAGCUACGGGCGUGCUGUGUCCGAGGCGGAGGAUUUCGAGGGUGACGCGACGUGGGAGGCGAACGCCGCGCGAGGCCGGGGAUCGAAGGCGGCGGGAGGCCACCCGAACAUGCUCCCGCUGACUCGAAGUCACUUUGUCGGGCAAAUUGUCCAGACUGUCGUUCUAGGCGGCGGCCGCGAAGGCCGGAACGUCGAGGGCGAGGGUGACGCGCACCGCCGCUCCCCGCAGAGCUCCAGCGUCUUGCUGCUCUCGCUGCGACCUUCCCUCUUCAACGCGGGCCUCUCGCUCGACGCUCUCGCACCCUCCAUGGUUGUGCCUGCUUCGAUCGCCGCAGUCGAGGAGCACGGCUACAUGCUGUCUUUCGGCGUCCACGAGCUUUCCGGGUUUCUGCGGUUUCCCCCGCAGUCUCCCCCGGCGGGCGAGAGGCUCCCUCUCCACUCGGUCGUCUCCGUCCGAGUGGACAAAGUGAACCAGCCCGCGAAGGUGGUCAUUUGCUCGCUGCCUGGCGACGGCGAGGCAGAAAUGGUGUCCGCGAGCGAAGCAGACGGGGCGCCGACUGCAGGCAGCCGCAAGGAACGGGAGACGAAGGAGGCGAUCCUGGAGAAAAAGCGGGGUGAAGCUGCAGCCGAGGGUCGGAAGGCUGAGACCCGCGACGCGCCGCUGCCUCUGAAGGCGUCACUGGACUGGACAGCCGUGAAACCCGGUCUUCUUGUGCAGGCGAAAGUCGCGCAGCUCGUCAGACAGCGCGACCUGACGACUGCGGAGGCGCGACGGCACGGCAAGCAGGAGAAGCGUGAGAGGAAGCGCCGCGGCGCGAGUGCCGAGGGAGACCGAGAACUCAGACUCGCAGAAGAAGUACGCGCCCUCACAGUUACGUGCCUGAACGGCCUUCCCGGCGUGGUCCUCCAGGCACAUCUCGGCAACCCUCUGGAGUUGCCUGCGCCGCAGGCGUCCUCUCUAGACAAGAAGGGUGUGAAACGUCCCAACGCCAAGGACGCGCCUGUCUCUGAGGCCUCAAGCGCGUCGUCCUCUGCGGCCACGACGUCGGAGGACCUCGAGGCGAUCCUCCAGCGCUACGAGGCCCAUGUAGACGCUCUCCAGGGACGGAUUGUUGUCGGACGCGUCGUCGCAGCUCUUCCCGACGUCCGCCGAGUCUACAUCUGUCUCCUGCCCCACCUCGUCGCCUGGCGGCCAAGCGACGCGUCGCUGGCGCUCUCGCGCCCUGGCGCUUUCCUCCGAGGCGCGUCGUGCGUCGUCCAAACCCCCCUCUCGCAGGCAGGUGACCUUCGCGCCUUGCUCGCUGUGUCCGCGCCGGGUUCGCAGCCGCACACGGAGGAGGCUGCCAAGGGAGAGGCCUGCGAAGGCUCAACAGGCGCUGCCUCAGCCGCCGCGGUAGACGCGCGGCUGGUGCUCGUGCGGAUCCCUGCGCGCUUCGGGACUCACGCAAAUGCGGCGUGGAGAAAAAAGGGAAAAGACGGGAACGGGGCGGCGGCGCUCCUGACGCCGGGCGGGCUGCUCGGGCCUGGGGCCGAAUGCCGCGUGCUCUUCGUCGACCGGUUUCUGGGCGAGAUCGUGGCGGGGAAUGCGUCGGCAGUUUUGAAAGACAAACUGCUCACGCCUUUUGACCUCGAGGCCGGAGACUUCGUCUUGGGAUCGGUUACCAAAAUCCUCUUUGGCCGCGGAGAACGCGACGCUGAGCGGAAGCAAAAGGCAGACGGGCGAGACGGCGUCGUCGUCAGCCUUUCGCCGCACCUCUCAGCAUUUGUUCCGCUCUACCAACUCUCGGAUGUCCCGUUGUCCACGAUGCCUGCGUUUGUGAGUAUCGGCGCGACGUUGAAGCUCCGCGUGAUCUCCAGGGUUUGCUGCGCGAGUUGCAGCGCGCUGGACGGUCCCAUGAACAAGAAUUUUUUCUACUUUUUCCCCUCCGCGCCGCUGCCCCACCCUGGAGCCGCGGCUGCCUACUCUCUCGCGCGGCGCCACGGCUCCGGCGUGAUGGUGUCUGGGGGCGGCGGCAGAGUUCGGCUGUUUCUCACCGCGAAGAAGAGCUUGCUCCAACAGGCCGAGAGGCCUCUCUCUUUCCUCACAAAGGAGCUGACCUGCGCCUGCGACUUGCCGCACGACCCGCUCGAAGGCGGGGCUCCGGGAGACAGUCUCGUCUGCGCGCCAGCGGGGAGCCUCGUCGAGGGGGCGAUCGUGACGGCUUAUAUUGGGGAAGUCAAGGCUGCGAGAGCCGGCGGAGCGCCAAACAAAGGCCGAGACCGGCACGAACUGCCCUUCGUCUCCCUCGUGUUCCUCGGCGGUCUGAAGGCUCAGCUGACGAAAGACCAGGUUGCGCGCGCCGUUCAAGAAGGGCGCAGUCUGACUGUCGGAGCGCUGAUGAAGGUUCGGAUCCUGUCGAUCAACUGCAUGCGGCGAUCCUUUCGUGUCUCUCUCGACCUUGGAGGCUUGACGGGGGAUGCUGCGUCGAAAUCCGGAGCAGAUCGCGGAAGGCCGCUCUCUCACCUCUCCUCGCUGAAAACGGGUUUCGCUGUUCUACGCCGCAAUGCAUACAUUCUCGCCAUCACAGAAGAAGGCGUCUUCGUCGCUCUCCGGUCUUCCGCAGGGAGCGACGGGGCGGCCGAGACAGACGAGCCGCGAGGGCAGAAGGCCGAGAAGAAGGCCAAGGGCGAGAAGAAUGGGAAGAAACAGACUGGCGGGAAUCCCGAGGACGGAAGCGGGUCGCCGCCGGUUCUCGCUUUCGUGCCGAAAUUGCAUCUCAGCGACGAAGUCCGCCUUGCAGAAGAACUCUGCUCCCUUAUGAAGGUCGGCUCGAACCUCCCCUUCGACGCCGUCGUCCUCUCUCCAGCGGCUGCGGUUCGACCUGGUGCACCCGUGCAGCUGUGGCGAGAGGACGCGACCGAGGGACUCAGCCGCGCAGAUGGACUCGAAGAUUCUCGCGUGGCGCAAGUGGCCAAACUCCUCGCCCGCGAACUAGAGCAAAAGGACGAAGACCAAACUUCGACGGAACGCGUCGUUCGCGACGUCUGCUUGCUCUCAUGCAAACCGUCUCUCAGAAAGAGCGCUUCGGACGGCUCGUUUGUGACGGGGUCGAGCAGCUUGGCGGUGAUGGCCGGCGCGAAGUCUGGGCAGCCUCGCGUUUUGUUUGGGUACGUGCGUCGCGUGGGCGGUUUCGGCUUGCUUGUCAGUUUCGGGGCAUGGCAACUCACUGGACUCGUCCCCCACAGUUACAUCUCGGACUCCUUCGUCGAGGGCGACGCGCAUCUCCACAGACUGUACAGGGAAGGCAUGACGGUUCGUGCAUGCGUUGUCUCCGUCCACGAGAAAGCCGAGGCGGGGACUCAGGCUCCUGCGCUCGCAGCAGGGAAGGCCGAGGGUGCCCAGGAACCGGCGCGUCGCGCCUCGAAAACCGGAGGGGCGACCAGUGGCGAGGCUGAGGACCGCCAAUGCAAGGGGAAACCCCUGCAGUUUGUCGUCGACAUCCGCCCGCGACGGCUCAGCGUCCUGCAGAGACAGGAAGCGUCGGGCGAGGCGGAGACCAAACGGGCUCGGGGGACACUCGGCAUCGACAUGCUUUCGUCCCUUCUCGACCAGCGCGAGUUGGCCGCCCAGCUCGGGCGCGCCCCGGGGGGCGAAAGUCGUGGAAAGCCAAGCCACGGAGCAGAGACUGCCUCGUGGGGGAUGAACGCGUUCCACGUCGGCCAGCUCGUCGAGGGGCGUGUGACGCAGGUUCUCCCGAACUGUCUCCUGGUUGCGCUCGAGUCGCCAGUUUCGCGUGCUUCAACCUGCGGAGAGGAAGCGCGAAGAGCGGCGGGAGACGGCGACAGUGCAGAUGAGGUCGCAAAGGCCGCGGCGCCGGCAGCGACAGGCGUUGUGCUGGAACACCAACUUCCCGAGGGCGAAACCAUGGACUCAUUGAGUCAGCGGCAAGCGGCGCAGAUCUCCAAGACGGGGCAAGGCCUCAAGAUGACCUUUGUGACUCUCGACGUCGACUGGGUGACAGGCAUCAUCGACCUCUCGUGCCGCCGGCGCCUGAUCGAGCCCCUCGAGAAGGUUCGAAACGCGCUCCUGCAAGCCGCCGCCGACGGCCGGAUGUAUGCACACUUUGCCCUUCACGGCUCGGGCCUUGCGAGGACGACGGACUCAACCGAGUCGAAGCCAAAGACGGGCGACAGAGACGGUCCCAACGCGCAACGAGCGUCCGGUGCGAAGGGCGAGAGCAAGAAGAAGGGACUUCCCGGCGGCGACGCCCAUUCCGAGAGCGUCAUCACGGAGCCGCUUCCCACCUCGCUUCUGUCCGCCGCCUCACACGCGAAGCAGUCCAGCAAGAAGCAGAAACGCAGCCGGUCGUCUGGCGAGGCUGACCUCGAGCCGCCUUCCGAACCGCGCGCCUGGGAACUGCCCAGGCAGCUUUUGCCUCCGCGGGUGUUGGCCCGCAUUCACGAGCUCUGCGUGGCGAGUCCGCCGAGUUCCGCCGAGGUCCAGGUCGAGAAUGCGGCGUACGCCGUGCUGGUGGCAGAUUUCGCCCUCACGCUCACGAUCUCGAGUUCGCCUGCGCCGGCAGCGUCCAAGGGCUCUCUGACGGUGAAUCUGCCGCUCUUCCUCUUUACGCUCUCGUGCCGAAACAACACUUUGCAGCCUUGCCAGCUGUCGUCUGCAGCCUUCGACACGCCCGGCCCUUCCGCCGCUUCGGCUCAGGCAGCGCACGCGACGGCUGCCUCAGUGUCUCUGUCGCGCUUCCUGGCUCGGCACCCCAGCUCCGGUGUCCUCCUGGCCGACUGUUGUUGGGAGCGGCACCAGCAGGCGCUGAUUGAGGCGCAGCAGAAGCGAGGGACGCGAAGCAAGAACCGGUUUGUGCGGGAUCAGCUUCAGAAGGUUCUGCGCGGGGAGAGUCCGAGCAGCUUCGCGCACCCAUGGGACGGACCCGGGGCAGGCUCCGACGCGGGUCGGGGCCUGCGGGGCCAGGCGCUGUCGAGCGUCGAAGAUGUGGAGAAGGACGUGACGGUGGGGAAGCUCCUGCGGUGCCGCGUGACCGCCGUCGGACCGACGGUGGCUCUGGCGCGGCUGAAAAAGCCAAAGAAGGCGCUGCUGAUUCGGCUGCACGCAGCCAAUGCGGUGGCGGGCUCCCCCAUGACGCCGGCCCUGGGCGCAUGCAUAACGCCCUUCAAACACCUUCACCCGGGAUCGAUCGUCGACGUCCGAGUGCUGCGCCUCCACAGAGAUGAGGGCGCGCCGGCCGAAGCGAAGCAGGUGAGGCGAGAGAAGCGGCAGGAACAGGCUGCCGACGCUGAGGACUCAGAUAGUGGAGACGAGCCGCAGGCGGCAUCUGCGACUCGCAAGAACGAGUGGACUGCGGAUGUCGAGCUCGUCCCGCAGCCGUCGGCCCGGGCGCUUGACGCGGCUGACGACGCCCUGAAAAGGCGCCGGAGCGAGAACGAGGGGAAACGGAGUCGCGCAGAGAUAGAGGCCGAAGACCCGCGCUGGGCCGUUGUCGAACACGUGGGGCCACGGGGCCUAAAAAUCCACUGUGGGGUCCGGGAGGCCGCGCUGCCGGCCCCAGGCGACGGGGACUCGGCCGCUCCGAGCAAGAAGCGGAAACUGGCACGAUGCGCCGCGGCGUCCAGCGAAGUGAGGAUGGGCGGCUUUGCGGGCGGCGAGGAACGAGGGCGAAUUGAGUGGGGCGACACCGUCCGAGGCGCCGCGCAAGAGGCGCCCCAGAAGCAGUACAAAGUCGGCGAGGUAUUGAGUGUCAUGCCUCUGCCCGUCGUUGCGUGCACGCGAGCCGUUUUCGAAGAAGCUCUCGGCAAAUUUGCUGCCAAGAAGAACAACGAAAACGGGGACGAGACCGAGAGUGGAGGCCCCGGCGAACGCAAAGGCUCAGGCCGGACCCUACUGCGAACCUACGCGGUCGUCACGCAGGCAGAAGGCGGGGACAAGAGAAGCCAUUCGAAACUAUCAUGUGCACCAGUGCCUCGGCCGCUGAGAGAGGUCUUCACUUCGCUGCCGGCCGCUCUCUCCGCCUGGUCCGCCUGGCGCUUCCCACCCAACGCGGUCUGCUGGGGCGUCGUUCACCACUUUCUCUCGGCUCCUUUCGCCGUCGCCGUGCAGCUCUCGAGUGUCGCGUUGUCUCCUCGCGAUGGCGAGGCGACUCGGCCUUCGCUCCGCACAUCCGGCGGCUCGACAGACACUCACGAACUCGUCCAGUUGCCGAUCCUCGCAGCGGUGCACGUGGCCGAAGUGCUCGACGACUGGGUCUCAGACCCCGUCAAGCGCCUCGACCUCAAAGUCGGGCAAGCAGUGAAAGUGAAGAUUUUGCCGAUUGCCCAGCGAGGCGAGAACGGCCGAACGGACAAGACCGCGAGCAGAAGCGGGCUGCCUCUCGAGGCUUCGCUCCGCCUCAGCCAAGUGGAAGCCAAGGAAGGGUUGCGGAGCGACGCCUUGCGGAGCGGCGACCUGCGGAGCGACGCCUUGCGAUUCGAGAACCUGGAGGUGGGGCAAGAGGUGUCGGGUCUCGUCGUCUCGUCAGGCCAGGCGGGUGUUUUUGUCGCGGUGAGUCGCAGCCUGACGCUUCGCAUCAAGUUGCAGAAGCUCCUUUCGGAGAACGCCGGCGCGACGACGCCCGCGAAAACCAGGGGGACAGAGGCCGCGGAGUCUCCCGCCGGAGUGGUGGCUUCACGCCUGGUAACUGGCGACGAGGCGAAGGCCCUCUUCCCAGUGGGGCGGCUUGUGCAGAACAUCCGUAUCGUCGCCUUGGAUCCAGAGACCCGACGCAUCGAGGGCUCUCUCCGGCCGAGCAGCGUGAAGAAGCGAACCGAUGGCGAAGGGGCCGACGGCACUGGCGAGACGGGCGAAAGUGCAAAGGCUCACCAAAAGGACGAGAAGGCACGCCCAGGGUUUGAGAACCUGACCGCGCGCGCGGACUCGGAAGCGAAGAGGACUGCGAACAGGCUGCUGGAGAAGCUGAACGUUGGAGACGUGAUUGACGGCCGCGUCCGGGGGCUCGAGACGUUCGGCGUUUUCGUUCGACUGGAAGACGGCGAAGAUGGGGACCAGGACCGGAUCUCAUUAGACGUUCUUUGCCACGUCAGCGAGAUGGGCGGGAACGACUGGCAAGAGAAGCGCGCGCGGCUGCAGCGGCUGCAAAAAGGCGACCUCGUGCGAGGCCGCGUGACGAAAAUCGACCGGGCGCAGGGGAAAGCUUGGAUCAGCCUCGACGCCGAAGUUUUCGACUCGGAAGAAGGCGCCAGCGAGGAAGAAGAUCUCCUCGCUUUGGCCGGCGAGGAAUCAAGUGACGAAGACAUGACCGGCCUGGACAGGCCCCAUGCGACGCGCAAGAACCGUCAAGCGAUGGAGGUGGACUUUGAGGAUGAGGGCCGGAAGAAAAAGCACCGGGAAGCCGGCAAGCAGGAAGGGAGCGAAGACGAGAGCCCGGGAGCCGUGGACGGCGGCGACUCCUCCGCCGACGAAGGUGAAGAAGCAGGCGGCUCCUGGAGCGCGGGCAUCUCUGCCAGCGCACACUCAUGGGGAUGGAGUGAGACGGGGCCUUCCGCGAACGAGGGAGGAGCUAACGGGGAGAGCGACGUCCUCAUGUCGGACUCCGAGGGAGAACUCGACACAACGCAACCCGACUUGAACGAUGCGGACGAGGACGACGAGAAAAAAUCCAAGGCGGCACGUCGUCGGCAUGAAGAAGAAGCGAGACGACAGGAGGAAGAAACUCGCCGCCUGGAAGACAACGCCGGACGGUCCUGGAUGGAGGAUCCGCGCAGCCCCGAAGACUUUGAGCGUCUGGUCCUGGUGAACGGCAACUCGGCAGCCGUUUGGAUCAGGCAAGUGGAGAUCUCUGGCGACUCGGCGCAUGCAGAGAGCCGCAGACGACAGGCAAUGAACUACAUGGCGUACUACUUGAAGCUGAACGAACUGCAGAUGGCCCGGCAGGUUGCUGAGCGGGCCAUCCAACAUAUCAACUAUCGAGAGGAACAGGAACGUUCGAGCGUCUGGAUUGCGUAUCUCAAUCUUGAAUGCGUGUACGGGGACCGCGUCGACGAGAUUUUUAAGAGGGCCGUCCAGUACAACGACAGCAAGAAGAUUCACUAUCAGAUGACCUUCAUCUACGAAAAGGCACGCCAGCUGGAUAAGGCCCGCCAGAUGUGCGAGAAAUGUUGUGAGAAGUUCCCAGAAUCACAGAAGAUGUGGGUUCGCCAUCUCACCUUGCUGUACACGGCACUAGAUGCGGCAAGCGCCGCCCGCGACCUCAUGCUCCAGGCUCUCUUCCGCCUGCCCAGGAGGAAGCACAUCGAAUUUGUCGCCACCUGUGCUCGACUGGAGUAUAAGCACGGAAGUAAAGAACGAGGCCAAACGUACUUCGAGAAGCUGCUUGCGGAACAUCCGAAGAGGACCGACAUUUGGUCGCAGUAUGUAGAUGCGCACAUCGCAGCUCACACGCCUCCCCGGUGUGUCCCAGCCAAUCUGCAGUCGAUCCGAGUUCUGUUUGAGCGGACGACAUCACUUCAGCUCAAGUUGCGCAAGAUGAAAUUCUUCUUUACCCGAUGGCUCGGCUUCGAGAAACAGCAUGGCACUGCCGAAACGCAAGCUCGAGUGCGUGCCAAGGCUCGGCAAUUCGUUCAGAGCGUCGAAAACAAAAUCCGGCAAGAAUCCUGA